AUGAGUUCGCAUGACAUUGGCAAUGAAAGUAAUAGUGAAUCCAUUGAUACAGAAUCAGAUAUUGAUCUUGACAAUUACGAAUACUAUGAUAACCAUAAUAGAGAUAUUGAUUUUCUAAUAGUAGACUACCUAGAUUUAAAUAAUUCUUUAUUUAAUUAUAAAGGUAGUAACGAAAAUGAAAUUGAUAUAAGUGUAGAGAAUUUACAACAUAAUAAAAAUUAUGAAUAUAACCCCCAAUGA